AUGAUAGAGGAAUUUGGUCCUCGACCACCACAUAAAUGGUUAACUCUACUAGAUAUGGGUUACGUGAUAGCGAAUCGUUAUAAUGUUUCACCAAAUGUAUCAAUUUACUGCAUUGGUUUUAUAAACAGAAAUCAUUGGGUUCAAGUAAGCAUGAAAGAAGGGUUUCCAUUGCCACCAGUGACAGUAGAUUGGAAGAAGUUUCGUUCUCCAGGACGUCUACAACAUUGGCAACAACUUACGCCUAUAUUACCAACGCAUUAUGAAUUAUAA